GCGCUCUACGACGGCAAGCUGACCACUUGUAUCGUGUUCAUGUACAACCCCAUAGCCUGUGACAGCCAGCUGUGCCUGGAGUCCUCUCCCAAGGGAAACCAGUCCCAUUUCCUCCACUCUCCACACGCCAUGAUGUGCCAGGAGGUGAAGGCAAUCAUCACCCACUCCAUACACAGCACCCUGCACUCCUUGGGAGGGCUGGACAUGCCCGUGGAUCGUGGUCCAGACAAACCUAGUGAAGUGGAUUAUACCACCUGCGCCAACCUGAUCUGUCUGCUGGGUGAUCUAAUCGAGUGUUCCCCGGUCAUCCAACAGCAGAUGAUACAGAACCGAGGAUUUCUGGUCAUCAGCUACUUGUUAGAGAAGUCGUCCAGGGAACACAUCACACUGGAUGUGCUGGAAGCCUUCCUCUCACUGACCGAGUUCUUGGUGGAGCUGCCCAGCGGCUCCCUGCUACUAAAGUAUCUCUUUGACAACAUCCUGUUCAACCCCCAGCUGUGGGUGCAUACAUCAGUGGAGGUUCAAACCAAACUCUACAGUUACCUGGCUACUGAGUUCAUCAGCAAUGCACACAUCUACAACAGUAUCCGGCGAGUCAGUGCUGUGCUGCAAACUAUGCAUUCUCUCAAGUACUACUACUGGGUAGUCAACCCACUUGACCGCAGCGGGGUUCAGCCAAAGGCUACUGACGGGCCUCGUCCCAGCCAAGAGGAGAUAGUGAAGCUGAGGUCUUUCAUGCUGUUGUAUGUCAAAGAGCUGAUUCUCAAGGGACAUGGGAUCCUGGAGGAUGAGCUGCAGUCAAUGCUCAACUACUUGACUACCCUGCACGAGGAUGACAACCUGAUGGAUGUCCUAGAGCUGCUGGUCCAUCUAAUGGCUGAGCAUCCAGCUUCUAUGGUUCCUGCCUUUGACCAGAAAAAUGGAGUCAGGACAAUCUUCAAGCUGCUGGCUUCCCAGAAUGAGGACAUACGGCUGCUGUCGCUGAGACUGUUGGGCUUCUUCCUCAUGCGGAGCACAUACAGGAGAAAGCAAGAUGCCAUGUCCCCUUACAACCUGUUCAGUCUGCUGGCGGAGCGGCUCAUGCUACACACCCAGAACAUCACCAUGCCCUGCUACAAUGUUCUCUUUGAGAUUCUGACAGAAAGGAUGAGUCUAGAGAAUGCCCGGGUGAAACGUGAAGAGCCAGAGUCACAUUUCCGCAUCGAGAACUCAGCCAUCCUGAAAGUGGUAGCUACAAUGAUCCGCCAGUCAAAGCCCACUGCCGAGGUUUUGGAGGUCAAGAAAACAUUCCUCUCAGAUCUGACCAUUCUCUGUAAUAACAACAAGGAUAACCGCAGAACUGUGCUGCAGAUGUCUGUGUGGCAGGACUGGCUGUUCUCCCUAGCGUACAUCUACCCCCACAACUCGGAGCAGCAGAGAAUCACCGACAUGGUGAUGGCUCUGUUCAAGAUGCUGCUUCACCAUGCCAUCAAGUUUGAGUUUGGAGGUUGGAGGGUCUGGAUUGACACGCUGGCCAUUCUACAUUCCAAG